AUGGCCGCCUUAGUCGCCGAGGCACCGGGCUUCCUCCAAGUCUUCUCCGAUGGCACGGUCAAACGCUUUAACCCUAAGAUUGUCGACCCAUCCGCAAACCUCUCGGACAAAUACGAGUCCAAUGACAUCAUAAUCGACCCGUCCAAGCCAAUAACCGCUCGAAUCUUUUCCCCCACCGACCAAAUCAAUCGGCUAAAACAACAACAAGAACAACAUAAACUCCCUGUUAUCGUCUACUUCCACGGUGGCGGCUUCUGCAUCGGCUCCACCACGUGGCUCGGCUACCACGUCUUCCUCGGCAACCUGUCAGCCGUCGCCCGAGCCUACGUAGUCUCGGUCGACUACCGCCUCGCCCCGGAGCACAGGCUCCCGGCCGCCUACGAUGACUGCCUCGCAGCCCUCGAGUGGCUCGGCUCGGCCCGCGGGCCGUGGCUCAACCGAGCCGACCGCUCGAGGGUUUUCCUAUGCGGGGACAGCGCCGGCGGAAACAUUGUCCACCGGGUCGCAGCCCUGUCUGUGCAAACGAAUAUCCCGGGAAUCGUGAUCAGAGGCCUCUUGCCCAUCCACCCCUUUUUCGGGAGCGAAGAGCGGACAAAGCUAGAGGCGGCGGACGGCGGGUCAGCCAGUGAGGUGGCAAUGAACGACAUGUUUUGGCGGCUGAGCUUGCCGGAGGGUUCGGGCCGUGGCUUUUACGGGUGCGAUUUCAUGAAGGAGGAUGUCGAGUGGGCUCGUUUUCCGGCGGUUUUGGUGUUUGUGGCCGGGAUGGAUUUCUUGAGAGAGAGAGGGGUAAUGUAUGCAGAGUUCUUGAAAGGGAAGGGUGUGGAGAGGGUGGACUUGAUUGAGGCUGAUGGGGAGGCGCACGUGUAUCACGUGUGGAACCCGGAGUCGGAGGCCACAUUUGUGCUACAAAAGCAGAUUGCUAAUUUCAUAGAAAGCUUGUGA